AUGGUAGCGCUGUCAACCGUCAUUGUCUUUGCUCUAUGGGUUCCAGCCCACUCAGCCGGAACACCAGUAGUAUUUGCUGGUCUAUUUGGCUUUAGCUCAGGAACCUACCUUGCCAUCGGUCCCGCACUGGUGGCGCAGAUUUCGGAUAUCCGAGAGAUUGGCGUUCGUAGCGGCUCAAUGUACGCAUUGAUGUCCGUUGCUGCGUUAACCAGCAGUCCCAUUGGCGGUGCUCUGUUGUCUGCUGCCCAGGAGAGCUACCUGAAGCUGCAAGUUUUCACAGGGAGUAUGCUUGCGGUGAGAACGUUCUUCUAUUUCAUGGCUAGGCUAUACUUGGGCGAAGGAAGGAUUUGCGCAAAGAUAUAG